CAAACUCCCUCUCUAAAGUUAUCUUGAACAGGCCUCACAUUAGGUCUUUAUCUGCUCCGACUUCUCAGCCGCCCCCUCCCUUCCAGCCCUACGUGUGAGUCAGCUCUCAGCUCGUGGCGUCUAAUUUUUAGGUCCUCCCCGGAUUUUUAUUUUGCGUCACCAUGGAACGUAUCGCUUGUGUGGGGAGAGAGACGGCUCCUUCCUGUUCUGUCAGCAGCUGGAGAAGGUCCAUGAAACCGUGCAGCCACACAGGGCUAACAAAAAUGAAUUUGCACCAAGAUCAUGAAUUUAGCAGCCAAGAUCCGCUUUCUAAAUGUCUCGAAGCUAAAAAGGAAUUGGAAUCUGCUAUUUCAGCAGUGCUGAAAGCGGAGCAACAAGUUAAAGAAAAUGGAAGAGAGGUGAAGUCUCAAGUUCAGUCAUACAUUAGCCGCCACUUGGAGUGUCUCCGAAGUCGGGAAGUAUGGCUCUUAGAGCAAGCAGACCUUAUUCAACAGCUAAAGGAAGAGACAUUGCAGCAGCAAUCUCAGCAACUUUACUGGUUGCUGGGACAAUUCAAUUGCUUGAUUCACCAGCUGGAAACUCCUCACAGCACUGAUCUAGUCCAUCAGAUUUCAGUUUGCUUGGAAAGGUUAGGUAACCUUGCUCUCAAACCGGAAGAGUCUUCCACUCUAUACUUUGAAGCAGAUGUUCCCUUUCUUCGACAAGCAAUUGCAACAUUUGGAUCCAUUAAAACUUUGAGUUCCAGUGAAGAAAAGCAAGUUCUUUCCACUGCUGUGCCAUGCCCCUAUGUGAGUCAAAAUCCGUGGCUCCUAAAUAACUGUUUUGUUCCAGCAGCUGAACAGCGACCUUUAUCUGGAAUGUGGAAUACCCCGCUCUCUGAUUGGCUGCAGCAAAAGAAACCAACUUCUGUCUCUCAAUGCUACACUCCAUACAUUCCAAGCCUUUGCACCCAGGAUUGGCUUUUGAAAAACCACGUUGCUGAGCCAAAUGAGGAGUUGAGCAAACCUAACAUGGAGGAAAUCUGGGGUCAGCUGGGAGAACUGAACAACUGGUUGCUGCAGUCUCAGCAGAAGGAGAAUUUGGAAUGCAAGAGCUCCAGCUCUCAAUUCUCCAUAGAAAAGCUUGAAGAUAAAGAUGCAGAGAGUCAAGAUCUAGAAGAUAUGGAUUUGUCUGAUUGGUUGAUAUCUCCUGAAGUAACUGAAGAUCCAACAGAUGUGGCUGUUUUUAAAGCGUUUGAUGAGGACUACAAAAUAAAUGACUGGCUACUAAAAGUUGAAGCAUGUGGUAAUUGUUGUGGCCGUCAGACUUCUGCACUAGAGAUUGAAAACCUUGGGAAACUUAAGUGCCUCAAUGACCAAAUUGGAGGAAAGAACAAUGUUAGCUCCAGCAAUGAUAUAUGGCUUUUGCAAUCCUCACAACCAGUGUUUAAACCACAAGAUGUCUGUAAAGCAAAUGAGCAAUGUUCUACCUUUGCAGAGUGUGUGUGUGAUGAAAGCUGUGAGAAAGAAGCUCUUCGCAAAUGGCUUUGGAAAAGGGAAGGAAAAGACAAGAAUGGAGUACUGCAGAAACAAAGGCAAAAUCUUAAAAAUCGUGAACCUGAAAAGGCAGAACCUUCCAUUAGCAUGUGGCUUCAUCCCUGCAGAAGAGAUGCACAAAGCAGUACCCAGAAGACACAAGAGUGUGAUCCCUCUGUUAAGCAUAUGAUGGAUUUGGUUGAAACUCCUUUGAGCAAAUGGAUGGCAAAGUCUAAUCUAACAGAAGAAAAAGCAAGCAAGGAAACCACACAAAGUAAAUGCAGUCCCCAAGCAGAAACUCUAUCUCCAUUCCAUCUGCCUCUGAAUGCUGCUAAUUGGGUGUUGCCCUUAAAGACUGUUGAUAAGUUGGAAAAGUCUGAACAGUCUGCAAUAGAGGAUAAGUGGUUGCUACGUAAAAAGGCACAUGACUAUUAUGGACUUCCUAGUGUUUGUGACCUGUUUGCUUGCAUGAAGCUAGCAGCUGACAAAGAGAAGUGGCUAUACCAGUCUCCCUUGCAGAUGUGACUUGCCUUGUGAAUCCUAGACCCCCAGCUGACAUUAUUCUGACAUUAUUGUUGAUGACGCACAAUCAUCGAUCUUCGUGGCAAAUCCUUUUUCACCAUGCUUGUUUUUGCCUUUAAGAUUGUGUACUAUUGGCAUGUAGAAAAAAAAAGUGAAGUCUGAGGUGAAGCAAAUCCCUUAACAGACUGAACUAUUUACUACUGAGUAAGUAACAUAAGGAAAACUGUCAGACACUUCAGCACUUUCUAGUUUUAAAUUCGGAAUUUGACACAGUUCCCUUUAUAUAGCAGAUCAUUAUGUUCUGUUGUCAAUUGGCUUUGGCAUUUACUGUUAUAGAUUUAAAUAUCGGCUAUCCGUCUGCUCACUUUAACAUUUAAUUGAAUUAGAGCAUGGUGAUAAGAUAUUUUAUUUGGUCAAACUAUUGCCAAUAAAUUGCUAAUAUUUUAACAUUUCCAUGGCAAUUUGUUUAUUUUCAUGGACCUCAUCUCCAAUUGGCAUUUUUUAAAUCAAAAUUACACUUCUUAAUACAUUAUUUCUGCCGGUAUAGUUUAAAAUUGCUCCGUUAUGCAUACUUGUGGCUUUCAUUUUUAGAACUUUAUUUAGAUUUAUUGGUAGGCAUAUAAGCCUUUUAUCUCCAUAACCUUAAUCAUUUUUAUUUGUCUGCUCAUAAAUUCAACCAUUUGAUUUUUCUUUUGCUUAAAAGGGUAAAUUAAUUUGUACUGUUUUAGUUUCCUUUUUAAAAUAUUAACUAAUCUAACAAAUCUGACUGAGCUAAUACUUCAAAUGCAGCAGUAUGCACUCUCCACAACCCAACGAUGUCUCAGCUGUGGAAGCUGCUGAACUUCCUUUUUAUAAGACAGGAAGUGUUUUAAAACAGCCAUAUAAUACCAUUAAAAUGUUAUAGUUGAGAAAUGGCUAUACUAGCCUUAUUACUCAACCUAUUGCGUAUUAUGAUUACCUGCUGUUGUGUGCUGAAAAUCCAUUUUCUAUGAAACUUGAUCAGCAUAACCAGUAGGGUGAGACUGUGAUGGUGUAUGGUUACAGCAAGAUAUAAAGCUCUAUGGAUUCUGGACAUUGGUCUGGAAUGAUUGAUGGUAAUUUCUCUCAAUAUAAAGGCAAAUCUCUGCUUUUGGAACAUACUUUGUCUGAUAUUUUUCCUUGAUUUGAUUGAUCAGCUUAGCCUCAAUGAAGACUUCUCACACUCUUUCACUUUGUUUAGCAUUUUGCACAGAAUAAUGAGAACAUGGCAAUUUCUACAAAUGGGUUAAUUUGAAGCUUGCCUUAAGGAUCUUUUUAAUACAUAAAAUCAUUGUUAUAGAUACCUUUCAGCUUAGAAGAAUGGGGGGGGGUCUACCAUUCACAUGGUAUGGUUUUUAUAAAAGUGAUUCCACACCAACUCAUCUGUUGCAAAAGUCAGAAUCACAUCUUUGUUUUGCAGUUCUAUGGAGUAGUUUAGGCUGCAGCUUUAAACCAGAGAAAAGUAGCACAGCAACCAGUAAUUAGUAAACCUUUGUUGAAAUGGUAGACCACUUGUUUUAAAGAGCUGAAAGAUUACUAUAACAUAAGAUUUCCAAAAAAAAAAUUUGAUUAGAAGGUAUACAACCCCUUUAAUCAUGUUAACCCUGUUUGUGCCAUACUGCUUCGCUCUGUAUUACUAAUAAUUAUAUUGCAUGGUCUAGAUCGAAGAUGAGACUAGAAUCUAUGGUGCUGGCAUCGAAGUACAGUCUGGCUAACACUAUUGAUUCUACAAUCCUUUAUCUUGGGUAUAUUGUAUCUUGUCCCUGCAAUAGAUUGUGCUUUUCUGUUCUGUAUGGAGAAUGCCUUAGCUGAGUCAAGCAGUGUUAAACCUGCUGGAUACAUUUAUAAAUUACAAUGGGCAGAGGAGCUAGAUCCCUAUAAAUUUUUUUUAUUUAUGGGAAAUAAUGCAAUUUAAGUUUUUCUGGAAUACAUGUAGCCAAGUUGCUUUAGAAUUUUUUUUUAAUGUUUAGGCUUUGAAUCUAAAUUUCGGUGCCCAUUUUGCUAAUGGGGAGUUCACCUUUGACCUAGUCUUUGCAGCUUUUGUAGUUGAUCUCCAUUGUUUUUGUAUGGCAUAUAAAUCAUUAGGAAUUCCACUCAUCCUAUUUUUAGUCUGCAACUAAAUAUGCUACAUAAUUAGGAUUUGCGGUAGACUGUUUAAAUAAAGACUGGUUGCAAAUUGUGGGCCUCCUAUAUUGACAGGGUAUAAUUUGCAUCAAAGUAAAAUUCUUUAUUGUUUGAACAUAUAACAAUAUUAAUGUUUAACCUCAUUACAGUAAACCCUGUGCUUUUAUCAGAUAUGCUAAUUCAUACAAAUAAGUAAGCUAGUACAUUUAACUUCAUAUGUAAUUUUCCAUUAAAGAGUUACAACAAUA